AUGUAUACAAACAGUAACUAUUUAGCACAAAACAUUCAGUAUCAAAAUACAUCACAAUUCUAUGCAAAUUACAAUUCCGAUUAUCCGUAUGGCCGGCUACUAGUGAAUAGAUACGAUGAAUCGUCUGGAUUAAUUAAUUCAUUUGAAUACAAUCGAACAGAAGUUGAAAAUAAUUGUUUAGUUAUUAAUGUUGAUCAACGAAUGCGAGAUACUGAAUUUAUAAAUAAUUUUAUUGAUAAAAAUUACGAUUUGAAACUUGAUAAAAAACUAAGAAAUGUGCAAGAUAGUAAUAAAAGAAUAGGAAUAUCUCAAAUAAAAUCAUUGUUAUCGUCGAUUAAUAAAUUGAAUUCUAAUUUAAAAGAUACAAUUUCUCAGUUAGAAAAGGAUAAAAAUAAUUUAGAAAUUAAUGAAUGGAAUGAAAAAUUAAAACAGUGUUGGAAAAUAAAAGUAGAAAUUGAAAAUUUAUCAUUGACAUUGCAUAAUAAUGAUAUAAUUGGUAAAUUAAAAGAAUUAAUUGAUAAGCGUAAGACAAAAAGAAUAAGAGAAAAAAAGUUACGACUAAAAUGGAAAGCUAAAAAAUCACAAAAUAAUGAAAAAAUAGCUCAAUCACACUCGACAGUAGAUGCUUGGAUCCGUGAUAAACUGGAUGUAAUUCAACGCGAAAAACAAGAGAAGGACUUACGUAAAGAUGCGGAUAUGAUUUUAUCGGAUAUACGUGGUAAACGUUGUGACGCAAGAAAAUAUUUGUCUUUGCUUAAUGAACUCAAAAAUUUACGUAAAGUUACGUCUGCCAAUGCUCGUGCACGAGGAGAAAAAUUAUCUAUUGCUGCUGAUCAAUCUUUUGAAAAUAUAAUAGUCCAAUUAAUCGAACAGUGGUCGAAACUUGAUAGUGAAUAUUCAAUUGAAGAACGCGGAUUAAAACUAAUGCUACAAACAGAUAAUGAAAAAGUAAUAACUCGACAAAAGAAAAAUAAUUUUGAUGACUGGGAAAUGGCCAUAUUUGGACGUAAACUUUCAUCAGUGAAUAAUGAAAUUCGAAAUGACCUUAAUAAGUUUGUGAUGAUCAGAGUUAUGUGGGAUAGAUAUAUUAACUACCAAGGAGAAGGAAGGCGUAUUCCCAUCGGCUGGGUGAUGCCUAAACUUCCGUCAUCCGCAGCAUGGCAAAAGUGUCUCAGAAAAAUAUAA